CUCAUUUUUAAAUGUUAUUUAUGCACAAAUCAUUUCAGACUAGACGCGGCAAUUUCUCAGCAUGUUUCUAAAUAUAACAACGAACUACUCAAUCAAACCGUAGAACUGGAAAAUUUUUCGAAUAUUGUUGGAAGCGUUGAGUCUCGCAUUAUGAAUGUGUCCGGGAGUGUCAAUAUGAUCAAACAGAGAAUCGCCAAGCACUACGAGCAUCUUAGCACUCAAGUAACUAUUAUUCACCGCCUAGGGAUGGUGUACGAAGUUUUACGGGGUGUUCUUCGAACCUCUUCAACUCUCAAAAAACUACAUGCCGCCUCCGAUAUUGUACAGGCAUCUGAAUGUAUCGACGAAUUGGAAUAUACAUUUGCUUCACUGGAUUGGAAUGGAAUAACUGUCUUAGAAGAGCACUAUCAGGAUUUAUUGAAGGAGAAGGCUCGUGUCACCGGAGAGGCAUGGGAUGUUAUCUACUCCUCAUUUAAAAAUAAGGAUCAAGCUCGUUUGAGUCUUGCACUACAGGCAUUUCACAACUUGGCCAUACUACCAAAAGUAGUUCAAGCGCUGGUGUCUGACUGGCAGGCCGAAAUUGAAAAUGCCGUCAAAUCCUCUGCGGAUGUUGAAGAUCUCAACAAACAAGCAAGAGGGAAAGUCAUUUCAUCGCUUACCUCAACUACACCAGGCAAGUUAGCUUCUAUUCUGUCCUGCAAAGCGUCAUUGCCCAACAGUGGUGGCCAUGCUGCAGCAUUUCGGAGCCUUCUCUGGGGUGGAUUGGACCAAAUGGUUGGAACACUAGCUCGAUGCUUAGCUCAAGCGCGUAUGGUGUGUGCUACUCUGCAAAAGAAGCGUCCAUCUGUGGAGAAUGUCACUUUGCUUGGUGAUCUCUGCAAUUACGUUUUAAAGAAUCUUGAUGAUCCAAAUGAAAGGGAUGGUUGCAUCGCGAUUAUGAUGAUCAUUUAUAAUGACGAAACAAAUUGUUCCAAAGACUCCAUUUUGUUGAAAAUAAGGGAACUGGCAGAGAGAGUUGAUGCGUACUUGGCUGAGGUGUGUUCGGAUGGCCUUCUUGGUUGGAUUGCCACUUGCCUUAGCGCUAUUUUUGAACCUGUACUGCGUAGGCGUUCGGGUCAGCUGAAGGAGGCCCUUGAAAAGGAUUAUCCACGACUGCUGAAACUCUUUCUUAACAUUGGUGACCAGCAGCAGCGACUUUCAAACCCUAUUAAAAAUUUCUUGGCACCUUUCGAAGCUGCCUAUCUUGGUCGGUGUUUGACACGUCUGUGUGAUCGUGUUAAUUCGACAUUUGUUGACGUCAAUGUCUCGGAAAGCAAUGGUGAAAAUCUUCCGAGACUCAUCGAUGCUGAGCGGAUGGUGCAAACGGUUGCAACAGAGCUGACACGUUCUGCUGCAGUACAGCAAGAACUUUUCUGCAAGGUUAUUCGUAAUGUGACAAAAAUGAUGGCUCUUUUCUCAACCAAAGUCGAAGCACUGAUCAUCACAACCCCUGAGGCAUUCCACUUGCCUGUUGAUGGAUUCCCCACCGCUGCUCAGAAGAAAAAUGCCCAUCUCGUGAAUUUCACAUGCGCUUUUGUUGAUCGACUUCGAAUGGCUAUAGCAGGACACGCUACCGUUCAACAGCAGAUGUGGGAGUGCCGAAAGGCAGGUGUGGAGGAUCCCCAAGCAAUUAUUGAUAAGGCCAUCGUGACAAAGCUCUCUAGCGUCUGUCUGUCAGCUCUUGAACCCCUUCUCAAAGCCAUCAAGGAGUACAUUCUCGAUCAGGUUCUACCCAGGAUUCAUAAGGAAAUUUCCGAUGGUGAAGAAGAUCCACCUUAUGUGCGCGAUUUACAGGCGUUUGUCAACCGACUGCAAACUGAAUAUCUGACGAGCUUCUCAGCAUCUCUGUCCACAUCAGGCAGCGGCUUUCGCUUAGCAGGCAAGCAGAUUUUUACCUCCGGAGAAGUUGCAGUUCGUACAGGACUUCAAACCCGCGUUAUACCGCAUUGUUUGGAUGCCUUGGCAGUGCACGCAAGUCUCUUUCGACCAUGUGCCAAUGAAGCUCAACGUUCUCACCUUACCACCACCAGCGCCGCCAUCGAAAUGGCCUUAGCCACUCUUGCUCCGCCCUCUGUCUCCACUGAGGACGCCUUUGCUCGUUUGCGCACUCUUCGUCAACUCUUCUCUCUUCCUACUGAGGAUAUUCUCUCCAUGAGCAAAUCACAAGGGCUGGCGCCGUUGAAAGGGUGCAGUCGGGGUAAUGUAGGUUUGAGUGGUGACCGAUUGCCAGGCAGUCUGGUACUCCAUCACGUGAUUGCACGCGCCCCAGAUGAAAUUCCACUGCCUCACCAGACUGUCUCUGGUUGGAACCUUGAGCGCUACAUCCGUUGGUGCCUCCUCACUGCGGAUGAGGCAGCGCGACUGGCCUUCAUCACCAAUGCGCUGGAUGUCUACGCUGAGCAGGUAGAGGAGCGCAAGCAGUGUGCCUAUCCGCCCAUUUACCUAAUACUCCGCGAUCUCCUCGAAUAUUAUGCGCAUCAGCAGCAAUGA